CGGCAGGUGGCAUCGGGUGGCACUGAGCGUGGAGGGCCAGGCUGUGAUGCUGUGGCUGGACUGCAUGCCCGUGGCAACACUGCCCCUGGCACGGGGCCUAUGGCCCGUGGUCAGCACUGAGGGCAUCACAGUCUUCGGGGCACGGCUGAUGGAUGAGGAGGUCUUCCAGGGCGAUGUGCAGCAGCUGCUGAUUGUGCCAGAUCCGGCAGCUGCUCAGGUGUACUGCGAACACUACAUGCCUGGCUGCGAUGUGCCACUGGCCUACCCACUGCAGGCGCCCUUCCCGGAGCAGCAGAGUAGGUCAGAGCCAACCAGCACUCCACGACGGAAGGGAAAGAAGGGCAAAGGCAAAGGUAAAGGCCAGGGCCGGCGCAAGGGCAAAGGCAAGAAGAAGAGGAACAAGGAGCAGCUGGAAGUGCCCACGCCCCUCAUGGCACUAGGCCAGGAUGAGUCACUUGUGGCCCCAUCAGAGGAUGAACACAGUACUCCAGUGCCCACUACCAAUCCUGUCCCCACUGUGACCACCAGCCCUGGCCACACCAACCCCCAUGAGGACCUGGUGCUUGGGCGUGACGGGAACCCCAGUGCCACUGGCUCCUGGCCACAGGAGUAUGAGGAGUAUGAGGAGGCCACAGAGCCCCUGGGACCUGGCCGCUUUGGCCCUGCAGAACCUGAUGACACCAUGGUCUGGACCAUGCAGAAAGGCAGUCUGAAGGGCGAGAAGGGGGAGCCGGGUGCUGUGGAGCCUGGCCAGCAGUUUGAGGGGCCACCUGGACCUCCAGGCCCUUCAGGUGAAAUGGGCCCUGCAGGGCCCCCAGGGCCUCCAGGGUUUCCAGGGGACCCUGGCGACUGGGGUCCCGCUGGGAGGCCAGGCGUGCCAGGAGCCGACGGGGCGCGAGGGCCACCAGGCACAAUGAUCAUGCUGCCGUUCCAGUUCGGUGGUGACACCCACAAAGGCCCAGCAGUCUCGUUCCAGGAGGCGCAGGCCCAGGCCAUCCUGCAGCAGGCCAAACUGGCCAUGAAGGGCCCCCCUGGCCCCAUGGGCCUCACUGGACGCCCUGGACCCCUGGGUCUCCCAGGCUAUCCAGGGCUGAAGGGCGAUACGGGUGACAUGGGGCUGCCGGGUCCACGGGGGAUCCAAGGCCUGAUGGGGCCACCAGGGAGGCUAGGCAAGAGGGGCCGUUCUGGGGCCGAUGGUGCCAGGGGCCUUCCAGGUGACACAGGACCUAAGGGUGACCGGGGCUUUGAUGGGCUCCCGGGGCUGCCGGGUGAAAAGGGCCACAAGGGCGAAGUUGGGAAGCCAGGGUCACCGGGCCCCCCUGGGGAGAUGGGCCCCAAGGGUACAGAUGGCCUACCAGGGCCCCGGGGGCAGCCAGGGGAGCCCGGCAUGAGAGGCCUGGCCGGAUCGCGAGGUGUCCCCGGCUCCCCAGGACCGCUGGGUCCAAGCGGCAUCGAUGGAGCUACCGGGCCCAAAGGCAACCAGGGCAUCAUGGGCGAGCCAGGCCCCCCUGGGCAGCAGGGGAACCCAGGACCCCAGGGCCUGCCCGGCCCCCAGGGGCCCGUGGGGCUGCCAGGGGAGAAGGGUGUGCUGGGCAAGCCAGGCAUCCCAGGCGUGGCUGGAGCCGAUGGACCCCCUGGUCACCCAGGCAAAGAGGGGCCAACUGGGGACAAGGGCCUCCAGGGCCCACCUGGCACUGCAGGUCCUGUCGGCUACCCCGGCCCUCGAGGAGUCAAGGGGACCUUUGGAGCAAGAGGCCUGAAGGGCAGCAAAGGGGAAAAGGGAGAAGAUGGAUUCCCUGGCUUCAAGGGCGAUAUGGGCACCAAGGGUGACAGGGGUGACCAGGGGCCUCUGGGGCUGCGAGGGGAGGAUGGCCCCGAGGGGCUGAAGGGGCAGAUGGGCACUGCAGGGGAGCCAGGGCCACCUGGCCUGGCCGGAGAGAAGGGCAAGCUGGGUGUCCCAGGCCUGCCAGGCUACCCCGGGCGCCAGGGCCCCAAGGGCUCCACCGGCUUCCAAGGCUCUGUGGGGCUGGCCGGCGAGAAAGGCAAAAGGGGCAAGGCUGGCCAGGCCGGGCAGACAGGACCACGCGGAUCCCCGGGCCUGCCUGGAGAGCGGGGCCAGCCAGGGAGCACGGGGAAGCCAGGCCCAAAGGGAGAAUCUGGCCACGAUGGGGCUCCUGGCACUGCAGGGGAGAAGGGCCCCCAGGGGCCACAAGGUUCCAGUGGCUUCCCAGGUCCCAAGGGGCCUCCAGGUCCCCCUGGCAAAGACGGGCUGCCGGGACACCCAGGACAGCGUGGAGAGCCAGGUUUCCAUGGCAAGACCGGCCCCCCUGGCCCCACAGGGGUCGUGGGACCUCAGGGUCACUCAGGGGAAACCGGCCCCAUGGGGGAGAGGGGGCACCCAGGCCCCCCCGGUUCCCCUGGGGAGCAGGGGCUGCCAGGCGCUGCUGGCAGAGAAGGCACCAAGGGAGACCCUGGCCCAGCCGGCACCCCUGGAAGGAGUGGCCCGCCUGGUGUCCAUGGCUUCCCUGGCGCCCGUGGUGCCUCUGGCGAGAUAGGUCCAGCUGGCCUGAAGGGUGGGGAAGGCCCCCCUGGCCCUCCUGGGCCCACAGGCUCCCCUGGUGAGCGCGGUCCCUCAGGCCCUGCCGGGGGCAUCGGGCUGCCAGGACGGGGCGGGGCACAGGGCCCUCUCGGCCCUGCUGGUGAGAAGGGAUCCCCGGGCGAGAGGGGCCCCCUGGGCUCAGCUGGACAUGACGGGAUCCAGGGCCCCGUGGGGCUGCCAGGUGCAGCUGGCCCCCCGGGCCCUGCCGGGGAGGACGGAGACAAGGGUGAGAUGGGGCUGCCAGGGCAAAAAGGCAGCAAGGGGGACAAGGGGGAGCCGCACUCCUCUGGCCUGUGGUCCACCCCAUGCAGCUGGGGGGACCAUGCCCAUGCAUCCCCUUUCUGGGGCCCUGACACCAGCCUGGUCUCACUGCAGGGGGAGCCGGGUGAAGCAGGGGACCCAGGGCCUGCAGGGGAGCCAGGACACCCCGGCACCAAGGGGGACGUUGGUGAGAAGGGCGAUGCAGGGCCAUCAGGUGCAGCUGGAGCGCCAGGCAAGAGGGGACCCCCUGGUGAUGAUGGGGCCAAGGGUGAUCUGGGCCCCAUUGGUUUCCCCGGAGAUCCUGGCCCCCCAGGAGACCCUGGCGUGUCGGGCCUGGACGGAGCCCCUGGGGACAAGGGUGAUGGCGGAAACCCCGGUGCCCUGGGCCCACCUGGCGCCUCGGGGGAACCUGGCCCCCCUGGCCCCCCAGGACGGAGGGGGCCGGCAGGGCCAAUGGGGCGCGAGGGCCAUCAGGGCGACAAGGGAACCAAGGGGGAGCCAGGCACAGAGGGGCCACCUGGAAAGAUGGGGCCCGUGGGAGCGCAGGGCCCCCCAGGCCGACUUGGCCCCGAUGGCCUGCAUGGGAUCCCAGGCCCUGCCGGUGAGCAGGGCCUGCUGGGUGCACCAGGGCAGGCGGGGCCACCAGGGCCCAUGGGCCCCGUGGGGCUGCCAGGACUCAAGGGUGACCCCGGGCACAAGGGCGACAAGGGCCAUGCAGGACUCAUUGGGCUCAUUGGUCCCCCUGGAGAGAUGGGCGAGAAGGGGGACCGGGGGCUGCCUGGUGUCCAGGGCCCCAUGGGGCCCAAAGGGAAUCCCGGCAUGACCGGUCCCCUGGGUCCCCCUGGACCCCCCGGACCACCCGGACUCUCGGGGCCGGUGGGCCAGAAGGGCUCCAAGGGCUCCCCAGGGGCGCUGGGCCCCAGAGGAGACACAGGACCCCCUGGCCCCCCAGGGCCACCGGGCCCCUCAAUGGAGCUGCUGGAGCCACUGCCGCUGGCGGGAGGCCGGAGGCAGCGUCGGGGAGCACCAGGCCUGUCCCCCAAGUCUACUGAGGGCCUGGAGGAGGUUCAUGCAGUGCUGAGCUCCUUGCAGGCUGAGGUGGAGCAGCUGCGGCGCCCGCAUGGGACCCCUGAUAGUCCUGGCCGUGCCUGUGCCGAGCUGUGGCUCUCCCACCCUCAUCUGCCUGACGGUGAGUACUGGAUCGACCCCAACCAGGGCUGCUCCCGAGAUGCCUUCAGGGUCUUCUGUAACUUCACCGCUGGUGGCGAGACCUGUCUCUUCCCCGACAAGAAAUUUGAGGCUGUCCGACUGGCUGCCUGGAGCAGGGAGAAGCCAGAGUCCUGGUUCAGCUCCUUCAAGCGGGGCCAGAAGUUCUCAUAUGUGGAUGUGGAUGGGCACAUAGUGCCAGUGCCUCAGGUCACCUUCCUGAGGCUGCUGAGUGCCAGUGCCUACCAGACCUUUGCACUCACCUGCCAAAACGCAGCUGCCUGGUUUGAUGCCAGUGCCAGCAGCUUCACCCGGGCCUUGCGACUGCGCGGUGCCAACGGUGAGGAGCUUGGACACAGCCACCCUAGUGCACCCAUCCAUGCCCUUGCUGACGGCUGCCAGGUGCGUCGGGGACAGGCACGCACCGUGCUGGAGGUGCGGGGGCCCCAUGUGGAGUGGCUGCCGCUGGCUGAUGUGGCCGUCACCGACUUUGGGGGUGCAGGGCAGAAGUUUGGCUUUGAGCUGGGCCCUGUCUGCUUCGUGGGCUGAGCCGCUGCAGGAAGGGGGACAGCUCCGGGCCCCUCCGUCCCCAGGACCCCCCUGCCUGCCCACCUGGGCGCUCUCAGGACUCAAUGCCCUCCCAGGGCAGCUGUGGACAGAGCGGGGCACCCCCCCCCUAGACUGAAUGAGGUGUGGACUGCCCCCCUCCCACUCCCCUAUGGUGCUAUGAGGCUCCAGGAGGAGCCGCCCUAGUGACGCACUGGAGACAUGGCCAGGAUCAGGACCUGGACUUGGGUCUGGACCCAGCCUGGCGCAGAUGCCCCCUCCCCGUCCCCCAAGACCAUCUGUCUGUCCACCCAGCCUGCUGGGGCAGGCAGGGGGCAGAGGGGGCCUGGGGCAGGUGCUUGGGGCCUGUGUAUGGCCCAGGGGGUGAGUGAAGCCACACACAUUUGCACACACCCUCAUACAUGCACAAACACACAUGCACAUACACAUGCACACCCCCCAGGUGCAUGCCCACACACCUGUGCAUGCAAGCAUUAUGCACACACAUCCAGGCACAUGCAUACCCACCCACCUGCAUGCACAGCCAUUCACGCACGUGCGGACACACCCUCCCAUGUGCAGGUGUGCAUACACACACAUACACAUUCAGUUUGUUCACACCCCCCAGGUGCAAGAGCAGGCACAAGUGCACAACCCGCAGGUGCACGUGCACACACGUGUGUGCACACGCCGGCGGGUACACAGGCACACACCCACACACAUGCACUCACGUAUGCACACACCCACAAG